AUUUUUUUUCUUCUUCUUCUUCUUUUUCUUUACUAAAAAUUUUUGUUAAUAUUAAAAACUUUUUUAGAAAAUGGCAGACUUAAUCAUAAUCGUAUAUAUAAUAAUAUUUAUUUCUAUUAUAUGUUCAUCAUAUGUUGCAAUAAAAUUAUUCAAAAACAAGAUAAAUUAUUUAAUCGGUAUUCUAUCAGUAGCAACAGCAUUAAUUGAAUUGGUUGUAUUAUCUAGCGUUAUUUGGAUAAAUGAUUUUGAGAAAUUAGUUCCAAGAGAAUUUUGCAUUUUUCAAGGGAUAGCUCUUCAAUAUUGUGCAUAUUUACAAAUUAUAUCAGCUUUAUGUUUUUCGAUUCAUCUUUAUCAAUUACUUGUUCGACAAAAAGAAGGAAAUUCUCAGACAUUACAUAAAGCAUAUAUAUUUGCUAUAGUAAUUAUUCCUAUUAUAAUGACCAUAAUUGUAUCUAUUGAAUCUAUACAACACGAUGCUAUUCAACCAUUUAAAAUAGCCUGUGAUAUUAAAAAUCCUCAGUGGGUUAAAUUAAUUGGAUAUCCUGGAUUUAAUUUAAUAGGAACUAUUAUUGGCGCAUACUUCAGCAUAAGAGCGGUCUUCAAAGUCUUCAGACAUCUAGAUCAGUUUAAAAGUCAAAUGACCGAUACAAGUAAAAUUGCAGCAAAUAAAUCAAAACCAACGGGCGACGUGAAUGAAGGGGGGGUCACUAAUGAGAUAGCCGAAGAAACCGGAGUUAAGAAAGAUUUUAUACGGAAGAUACGGAAAUCGUAUAAUAUGACAAAAGCUGCAGCAAUACGUAUGGUAUUAUUUUCAUUUGGACUUACAUUAAUUAAUACUCUUGCUUCUGUACAUACCGUACUUCUUUUUAUCAAAGGUGGUGAAGAUAAAACAACAGGUUUACGCACUGCAGAUUUUGCUGUCGCCUUUACUGGCAUAAUUAUUUAUGUUAUUUUUGGUUUACCUAGUCUUUUUAGGAAAGGGUCGUAAUGAAUGAAUUCAAUUUUUAUUAAUUGUUUUUAUGUUCCAAUUGUUUAAGGGAACGCGCCAAUGAAUAAUUAUUAUAGAAUUUUCUUCAAAAAACAUCAUCAUUUUAUAAUUCGAACAUUUUCUCAUUAAUUUAAAU